AUGUCAUCCAAAACAACCGGUGGAAAGGGUGGAAAGGCGAAGACUUCAUCCGAGACCAAGGUCUUGACGACUAGGUCAUCCAAGGCUGGUCUUCAAUUCCCUGUCGGUCGUAUUCACAGAUUCUUGAGGAGCAAGAAUGCCAACAAUGUCCGUGUCGGUGCAAAGGCGGCUGUCUACGUCGCUGCUAUCAUGGAGUACCUGACCGCAGAAGUUCUCGAACUGGCUGGUAACGCCGCCAAGGAUCUCCGCGUCAAGCGUAUCACCCCUCGUCAUCUUCAACUCGCUAUCCGAGGAGACGAAGAACUUGAUUUGCUGAUCCGAGCGACCAUUGCUGGUGGUGGUGUCUUGCCCCAUAUCCACAAGAACCUCAUCACCAAGGGAAGCGCUAUCGCUCCUAAGAAGGUCCCCACCAAGUAA